GCCAGCCCUAAACGCUAAUCGCAGACCCAGUGAUUCUGCGCGGCUGCGAGUCUGCAACUGACCAUCUCUGCCCUCUUUGUCGUUGACGGCCGUCCCCUCGGCGGCGAGAUAUUGCCGGCGACAAGCAGCUAUAGCCGUAUCUAACUCUCUGUUAUCUGCUUAUUUCUGUCUGAAGCUCUGGUUGAAUCUCGUUCUCUCGCGAUCCCUAGCCCUUGGGCGUUGGCUUUCUGACUCACUCUUAUCCCAUUUCCGGCUCCGGCAAAAGCUCACUCUUUCCCUCUUGUUUUGAAACUAAGUGCAAGGGGGAGAGCAAGGAUCCCAACUUGACCCAUCUAUUGAGGAAGGGGUGAAUUCUUAUUCUCCUCAUUUUUCAAUAACCUGUCUUCCCAAUCAUUAUUCAUUUAUUGCUUAAAUUUUGAAAUAUUUACUUUCCUCUCCUGCACUCACUGCUCCCUCUCACCACCUUUCAUCUUUCUCUCAGGUCUUCAUUUGUCAGGCAUGGCUGAAGAAGCAGGUAUGUUUAUGGUGCAUCAAACCAUUGGCAGUGUUUUGUGUUGCAAAUGUGGUAUUCCAAUGGCUCCAAAUGCUGCCAAUAUGUGUGUGAAGUGCUUGCGUUCUGAAGUUGACAUUACCGAAGGUUUGCAGAAGCAUGUGAUAAUCAUGCAUUGUCCUGAGUGUGACAGCUACUUGCAGCCUCCAAGAACUUGGAUAAAGGCUCAGCUGGAAUCAAAGGAGCUGCUGACAUUCUGUGUGAACAAACUGAAAAAGAAUUUGAAAGAAGUUAGGUUGGUUCAUGCCGAAUUCAUUUGGACUGAACCUCACUCCAAGAGGAUAAAGGUCAAGUUAAGAGUUCAGAAAGAAGUCCUUAAUGGAGCAAUUCUUGAGCAGUCUUACAUUGUUGAGUAUGUUCAGCAGGAGCACAUGUGUGAAUCUUGUUCUAGGGUUCAGGCCAAUCCUGACCAGUGGGUGGCUUCAGUGCAACUGCGGCAGCAUGUUUCUCACAGACGGACUUUCUUUUAUUUGGAGCAGCUUAUUCUUAAGCAUGAUGCUGCUGCCCGUGCCAUAAAAAUUAAGCAGGUGGAUCAUGGUAUUGAUUUCUUUUUUGGUAAUCGUAGCCAUGGUGUAAAAUUUGUUGAGUUUUUGGGUAAAGUUGUGCCUGUAAGGAGUCGUCAGGACAAACAGCUUGUGUCCCAUGAUCUCAAGAGCAAUGACUACAAUUACAAGUACACAUUUUCUGUUGAGAUCUGCCCAAUCUGCCGUGAGGAUCUGAUCUGCCUCCCUCCAAAAGUUGCAGUUAGUUUGGGAAAUUUUGGUCCCCUUGUGAUUUGCACUAAAGUGAGCAACAGCAUUACAUUACUAGAUCCAUUCACUCUUAGACACUGUUUCUUGGAUGCUGACCAGUACUGGAGGGCAUCAUUUAAGUCUCUACUCAGCAGUAGGCGGCUGGUGGAAUAUAUCGUAUUAGAUGUGGAGCCUGUUUCUUCUGAUAUUAAUGUUGGUGGGUGUAAGUUUGCUUUAGCUGAUGCGCAAGUGGCUCGUUUGUCUGAUUUUGGGAAGAAUGACACCAUUUUCUCUAUAAAAACGCAUCUAGGACAUAUUUUAAAUCCCGGAGAUUAUGCUUUUGGUUAUGACCUAUAUGGAGCUAACAGUAAUGACGUAGAACUCGACAAGUACAAAAGUCUUGUUAUUCCUGAUGCAAUUCUAAUAAAGAAGAGCUAUGAAGAGAAGCGUCGCGAGAGUCGUGGGAAGCCUCGCUCAUGGAAGGUUAAAUCUCUCAGCAUGGAAGUUGAUGACUCUUCAAAGAGUAGAGUAGAGCAGGAUAAUACAGAGUAUGAAAAGUUUUUGGACGACUUGGAGGAUAACCCUGAUAUGCGCUUCCCCUUAUCUUUGUACCGUAAUAAAGAAUACCGGCAAUCUGAAACCGAAUCUACGACUGAUGGGGAGGGACUGGGUCUUCCUGUGUGGGAGCUUGCACAACUUCAUUUAAGUGAUGAAGAAGACGAAGAUGACGAGGACGAUAGAAUGAGAGAGUGAUCUGGAAUAUAGCUGGUUUUGUCCAUAUUGUUAUUUGUAUUUUUGAUUUCCCUUCUGAUUACCAACUGCUGAGAUUUGUUGGCGUAAAUCUAUAAAAUGGAUUUCUCUUGGUGCAUGUGAGUGUAUUCGAAACCCUUUCAUGAAUUUUUCUUUUCCCAUUUAGAUCCAGACUUGGUGUAUAUAUAUAUAUACACACACAUUGAGCAAUGUUAUUCUUUUAGUUUAUGAUUC